AUGGCUACCAACGGUACUACCACAACUGCGAGUAAGCAGCGAGCAAGACGUAACCAAGAAGAAACACUCCCACCUCACAAGUACUACGAGAACCGCUCUAUCUUGGUGCAUAAUCUGCGCAGGGCGUCUCACGAAAAUGGCCUCUAUUCUUCGUUCAUUCCCAAUCUCACUGACGUUAGUGCGUUCCGUGAGCGGCAUGAGUCCAUCGCGACUGGCGAACAGCUGAGAGACGUUGAGUAUACGAUGCGCGGUCGUAUCGUUACGAUUCGCAGCGCAGGAGAGCGUCUGCGUUUCUACGAGGUUCAGGUUGGGGAGGAAAAGAUACAAGUCGUAUGCCAGACCAACUCAUCUGAACACUUCGAAGCAUACAAGCAGCAACACGAGCACCUAGCCAGAGGAGACCAGAUCGGCAUAACUGGCCAUCCAGGCCGAACAGCGCCACGCAACCGACCCGUAGGCGAACUCUCGCUCUUCGCGCAAAGCGUCAUUCUCCUGGCACCAAGCCUGCACAUGCUACCUAAGACGCUCACAGACGCUGAGACACGCCACCGCGACAGACCUCUUGAUUUCAUUACCAACCACCGCAGCCGCGAAAUGCUGCGUACUUGGGAUGCCAUGGAGUCAUACAUUACCACCUUCCUCCGCAGCCGCGGCUACAUCUCAGUUGUAACACCCAUCUUCUGCCAACAAGCUGGCGGCGCAGCAGCCAAGCCCUUUAUCACGCAUCACAAUGAUCUCAAGCGGGAUAUGUAUUUGCGUACGGCUAUAGAGCUGCAUCUCAAGCCUCUUAUUGUCGGCGGCAUCGACCGUGUGUUCGAAAUCGGACGGGUAUUUCGUAACGAAGAUAUGGAUUUAACGCAUAACCCCGAGUUUACGAGCUGCGAGUUUUACCAAGCGGAUGCAGAUUAUGAGGUAAUGAUGCAAAUAACGCAAGAAAUGAUCUCUGGAUUGGUGAAGAAUGUGACUGGUUCUUAUGUCACUACGUUCACAAGCCAGACUGGAGAAGAGAGGGUGAUCAACUGGGAGGGGCCAUGGGAGUGCAUUGACAUGAUGACAGCGCUUGAAGACGCCUGCAAGGUUCAGUUCCCUCUGCCAUCUGAGCUUCAUACGGAAGACAGCCGGCAAUUCUUACUCAGUCUCCUGAGUGAUCAUAACAUCAUCUGUUCGCCCCCACACACAAACGCCCGCUUACUCGACAAGCUGGUUGGCGUGUACAUUGAAUCGCGCAUCACGAACCCCACAUUCAUCAUGAAUCACCCCAAGCUCAUGUCGCCUCUCGCGAAGACGCAUCGCUCGAUUCCCGGUCUCACAGAACGCGCAGAAGCCUUUGUAUGUGGCUUUGAGAUUUGCAAUCUCUACAGCGAACUCAAUGAUCCUUUCGAACAGCGUGAUCGAUUUGUCGAGCAAGCGAGGCAGAAGGCUCAAGGGGACGACGAAGCUCACGGAAUUGAUGAAGAGUUUGUCAAGGCGUUGGAGUAUGGGAUGCCGCCGACGGCUGGGUGUGGUCCAGGGCUGGAUCGUAUUAUGAUGUUUUUGACGAACAACUAUACGAUCAAGGAGGUUCUGGCGUUUCCGAUGAUGAGAGAGGAGGGGAAGAAGGGUUGCGGAGCAGUUGCCACUAAUCAAUAUGGUAAGACGGCGGAUAAGCAGGAGCGACUUGCUGAGUUGAGGAGGCAGAUGGCGGAUCUUGAAUCCGAAAUCGCGGCGAUGGCUGUUUGA